UUUGGAUUUUAAAGAAAAAGAAAAAAUGGUCCCAAACAAAAAUGCCUAGACGACAGUUAUGCUCUCCCAAAUAUCGCCUAAACAGAGCCCCCACAGUCCAUGCUCUACACUCUGUUGCUGGUAAUCGUAAUGGUGGCUGCGGUUUCUCCUACAAUAAACCCCAAAAAGACACCGGCGACGGCAGCAGCAGCUGCGCAAAACCACAACCUAACAAGGCCUCCUCUGUUACCAUCGGACCCCGACAAUGCUCUCGCUCCUCGCCGCCCAAAAUCUCGCGAAGUUACUUCUCGGUACAUGUCUUCUUCUUCUUCUUCCACAGCGAAGCGCUCCUCAUCGCCGUCGAUUCCGCGACCAACGGGUAUGAUGACCCCUAUGCCCUCCGCUUCUUCCACAAUCAAACGGUCGCAAUCUGCAGAACGGAGGAGGCCUACUACACCGCGUUCUAUAGAUUUGAGGAUGGGGAAUGGUAUUGUUGCGGAAUUGUCUAAUGCGCAGAAAAUGUUGAUUACUUCUACGAGAAGUUUGUCUGUCUCGUUUCAGGGAGAGUCAUUCUCCCUUCAAGUAAGUAAAGCCAAACCUGCUCCAUCGCCUAUUACCUCAAGGAAAGGUACGCCAGAGAGGAGGAAAACGACGCCAAUGCCGGUGAGAGGAGCGGAUCAGGUGGAGAAUUCAAGGCCCGUAGAGCACCAGCGGUGGCCAGGGAGAUUGCGGCAACCAAAUUCGCUGAAUGGAAGUUUGGAUUGCACUGAUGAUAGGAAGAGAUUAACUGUAUCCGGAGUGGACAUGAAUGUUAUCAGGGCAUUGCAGAGCUCCAUGGUGGAUAAUAGGUCCUCAGUUGAGAGCAGAUUGAGCUCUGAUUCCAGCAGUUUUGAUACAGAGAAGCACAUUGAUACUAACGGAUCCGACGCACUGUGUGAUCCUCCUGUAGUUUCUGAUACCGAGAGUGUGUACUCUGGGAGUACUUCUGAAGGUAUAAGUAAUGUUGGUGGCAGCGGACAAUCACAACGGGGACCACGUGGAAUAAUGGUACCUGCGCGUUUCUGGCAAGAGACUAACAGAUUCCGGCGCCAGCCAGAACCUGGCUCCCCAGUCUCCAAGACCAUCGGAUUGGAAGCACCUCAACCUACUAAACUUACCUCACCCAAGAAACUCAUUGAUAGCCCAGUAUCAUCCCCAAAAGGAGUUGUGAAUGCUAGGGGACAGUCGUCUCCUAUUCGUGGCGGAGCAUUACGGCCUGCUUCGGCUGGUAAGAUUGGGGCACUGUCACCAAUGCGGGGAGUGAGCCCAUCAAGGAUAAGAAAUGCUGCCGGAGCUGUGGUGAAUAGCAAUUUAAGCAAUUUGAAUAAUACACCUUCAAUUUUGAGCUUUGCUGCUGAUAUUCGGAGAGGCAAGGGUGGGGAGCAUCGGAUAGUUGAGGUGCAUUUGUUGAGGAUUUUAUAUAAUCGAUUGUUGCAAUGGCGUUUUGUGAAUGCCAGAGCUGAUACUGCCUUGUCAGCCCAGAGGUUGAAUGCAGAGAGGAGCCUGUAUAAUGCACACAUAACAACCUCAAAACUGCGUGAAUCUGUCAAAGCAAAAAGAAUGGAGUUACAAUGUCUGAAGCAAAAUUUGAAGCUAAUUUCCAUCCUCAAGGGGCAGAUGAUAUAUUUGGAAGAAUUUGCACUUAUAGACCUGGAUUUUUCCCGUUCUUUCUCUGGGGCUAUUGAAGCUUUGCGAGCUAGCACCCUUCGUCUACCUGUUGUUGGUGGAGCAAGGGCAGAUAUCCAAAAUGUGAAGGAUUCAAUCUGUUCAGCGGUUGAUGUGAUGCAGGCAAUGGCAUCCUCAAUAUGCAUAUUGUUAUCAAAGGUUGGGGAAGUAAACUCUCUGGUGGCUGAACUUGCUAAUGUAGCUGGAAAGGAGCGUGCUUUGCUUGAUCAGUGCAAGGAUCUGUUGUCAAUAAUUGCAGCCAUGCAGGUGAAGCAAUGUAGCCUUAGAACGCAUUUUAUACAACUAAAACGUGUACCUUCCAGCCUAACAACAAAAGUGUAAAGCUCAUGUCACUUUGACAGCCAACCCUAAAUGCUAACAUCAAACCAGAUCUUGUUUUUUCUCCUCGGAUUGGAUUCAAGGAGCCAGGUGUAAUAACAGAGGUAAGUGUAAAAUCAAUCGGUCGGUUGCUUGUAAAAGCAGAAAAUAGCACACCUGGCCAGUUGUCUAAAAAAGGGUGAUAAUAUUAUAUGCAUAGAUAGCAUGGAGUUGUCAUUCUCAAUAUUCUGAUUAGAUUGUGUAGAUUGUAAAUAUGUUGCAAUGAUAUUCCAAUUUCCCUCCUAUUCAAUAGCUCUUGAUGAAGGUCUCUCUCGCCAAUGUCACCCUUUUUUUCAGUCAAGUGCCAA